CAAAGCCAUUGCUUAAGUUACCCAACUCUGGCUUCUCCAACAUGGGAAAGCUCAUUGGAUUCUAUAUGGAACAUGGAUGCAGAUAAAAGGAAAGCGAGAUGGAUUCUAGGAUCUCCAUGUCCGCUUAUUACAGACGAUAUGGUCAAAGGAAGCUCAACGAUUUGUCGAACCCGCCUCUUAAAAAGCCCAAAUAUUCACCUACGAAGAACGGCAUCGUGAUAUCCGAUUCAUCAAGCAACACGAUGACCUCUCCUCUUCCCCAAACCCCUACUUUGGCUGUAAAACAAUCUCCGACCAUUCUUCAUCGACAACGUUGUUCGAAGAACAAGAGAAAGAGGAGCUCAACACCGCCGCCUUUGGAGAAGAGUACUAGUAGUAGCAAAGAGAUAAGCGAAGGAUCAUCCACCAAGGGUGGACUAGUAAAAAAGUCUUCGUGUUGGGUCAAAUCUCGGUUGCUUGGAAAAGGGGCGUAUGGUUCUGUUUAUCUAGCGACAUAUAAGAACGAAGAGAGAGCAAUCAAAACUGCAGAAAUUUCACGUUCUUUGAGUCUCAUCGACGAGGGAAGGAUCCUAAGAGGAUUGCAAUCUCCCUAUGUGAUUAGCUAUUUCGGCGAUGAGAUGGUACGUGAAGGAAAUGGUCAUCGUUACAACUUGAUACUUGAGUAUUGCUCUGGCCAAAGUCUAGGAGAUUUGAUCAGGAAUAAUCACGGAGGGUUAAUGGAGUUUGAUGUAAAGCUGUUCGCUAGAGAUGUUCUGUGUGGUCUCAUCCAUAUUCACGAAAAAAACAUUAUUCAUUGUGACAUUAAACCCGACAAUCUCUUACUCAGCCCUCUUGAUCACCGAUAUAGGUCUAAUGGAUAUAUAGCCAAGAUUGGGGAUUUUGGUUUAGCAUUAGAGAAAGGGUCGGUGGAGUAUAGAAAUGGAUCGGGUCAUAAGAGAGGUACUAGAAGGUAUAUGGCUCCGGAGCUAAUAAGCCAUGGUAUUGUGGACUUUAAUGUUGAUACUUGGUCGUUUGGAUGUUCGGUUUUGGAGAUGUUAACCGGGAAACAAGUUUGGGGAGAGUAUGGUCAUUUAACUAAAGAAGAUUGGAUCAAUCUAAUUGGUCACACUGAUCUCAUUCCUCAUAUACCGAGUGGGUUACCUGCAGAAGCACAAGAUUUUCUGAGGAAAUGCUUAGUUAAGGAUCCUGAUUCAAGGUGGGGGGUCAGAGAACUCGUCAGCCAUCCCUAUCUCAGUUACGAUUAGAUGUAGACUUGUCUAAAUUUUAACUGGGAUCAAUCAUCAAGAGCUUUUUUUAUAACUUUCCUUUAAUGCAAAAUGAAUAUCCAACAUUUAAGUCGAUUUACUAUGUACAAAUAUAAAAGGCAUGUUGAAAAGGAAAAUGUAAAACCUAUUAGGUUCAAUGUUCUGAUAUGCUUCUUCUAUUGGUUGUUGGUCUCAUAUAGCCCAUAUGAUAUAGGCAUGUAAGCUUCUUCUAUAAUAUAUUUAGUUAUAUUAAACUUGUGUUACUCA